CCGUCGCCACGUCUCAGUGUUAGGUGCCGUAAGACCAGUGUGAAUUUUCAGGCACUCUUUGCGAAUCGAUAGAGCUAGAUUAUCGAUAAGUGAGCAUUAGAGUCGAUAGGAGAAAUCGAUAUAACAUUAAGGAAUAGUGCCUCCUGCCGGAGAUGAAUGAGAUAUCCCCAUUCAUUCGAAGGACCAAAGCUUGUCACGAGGUCCCGUGGACCAUCGAUAGAUUCUGUAUGUAUGUAUAGCUACUACUGGAGCUCCCCUGUCACAGUGACGUAAGCGCGAUGACCUUGUGAGCGAAUACGCAAGCCCGACGUUGGCGACUACGUCGAUCGUAUCCAGAGUAUAGAGUAUUUUCUCACGGACUCUGUAGGAGCAAAACGUAAAUGCGAGUUUCGCUCUGUUGGGAAAUUAAAAAUCGGGAAAAAUCAAAAGAAUAAGAAGAAAAAUAAUAAACUGCUGCUGCUGAUUCCAUCUAAGAUCCAUAGAGGAGCCAGAAGAUAGCCUACUGUUCUUGUGGACAAACUUUUGUCUACGGACAAACAUAAAUAGAUCAUCGAUCGUCUCUCAAUCGGUAUCUAACGAUUGCGUCGUUCUUAAGGCCGUCAUAAUUUUUAUUUGACUUUCUUCGUAUUUCUCUGUCCGCUUCCACGUCGCCCGAUAACACGCGCCCCGUUUCUCCGAUCAAUGCACGUAACGCCACGUAAUGCCCAGUAACCGAGACGGAAAAUGGCAGUCGCACUUGAGUGAUAAACGGGAAUUCUGAAGAGCUGAGUAGCGCAAGUGGAAACGGCGAGUGUAUGGACAAAUGACGUGAAGCUUGUAAAAGUUCGCAGAGUGCAUAUCAAGAGACUAUAGCUCGACAGAGUCUCGCGCCAAGCACAGAACAUAUGUGUCUGACAGUUCAGAUAAGACGAAUGUGAGGGUAAAGUAGCUGAGAGGUCUCGCGGGUGUGAAAAUUUCAAGAUAACCGCUGAAACGUAGAGUUACGAUAGUUGAGAGAUCAUCGGAAGGGGUCACUUCGAAAAGAUGGCGUUCAGAAGUCUGGUAGCAUCGGUUGCUGACGUUUCCACCAAGGUCCCUGUUAUUCCGCGCUCGUCGUUCGUCAGGAUGUCGUUCUCCACUGGUUCGAGCACUGCCGACGAUAUGGUCGUUACCAAGGACGAGGUCGUCAGAUUCAUCUCGGACUGCUUGAGGAAGGCUGGUACCACUGAAGAUGACGCGUUCACCGUCGGCCAUCAUCUUAUGGUCGCGGAUUACAGAGGUCACUUCAGUCAUGGGAUGAACAGGAUGCAAAUGUACGUCAAGGACAUUGAGAGCAGACUUACUGAUCCUGCAGGGAAACCCACCAUCCUUACGGAUUUUCAGGCGAUCGCCCUUGUCGACGGGAACAAUGCGCUGGGUCAGGUAGUGGGAAAGCACUGUAUGGAAUUGGCCAUGGAUAAGGCCCAAAAGUUUGGCGUUGGAUUGGUCUCGGCGAGGGGCUCCAAUCACUUCGGUAUUUGCGGAUACUACUCUCUAAUGGCAAUGGAGAAGGGCCUUAUCGGUUUCAGCUGUACGAACACAAGUCCCCUGAUGGUGCCGACCCGAGCGAAAAAGGCCGGACUAGGCACCAAUCCACUGUCACUCGGUAUGAGCUCUGGGGAUGACGAAUUCGUUCUGGACAUGGCCACCACUGCCGUGGCUCUUGGUAAAAUUGAACUUGCAAUGCGCAAGGAACAGCCUAUUCCCAUAGGAUGGGCCUUGGAUUCUGAGGGGAACGUCACGUCAAAUCCGGAAGACGCCUACGCCGCGAACCUGAUGAUGCCGCUAGGAGGCACCGAGGAGCAUUCCGGAUACAAGGGGUAUGGUCUGUCACUGAUGGUUGAGGUACUUUGUGGAAUUCUUAGCGGAAGUGAAUUCGGGCCCAACGUAAGAACAUGGAAGUCAGGGGACCGCGUUGCCAAUCUCGGUCAUUGCUUCAUGGCGAUCAAUCCUGAGGCUUUUACUUCCGGAUCCAAGGAACGACUCAGUCGUCUUCUGGGACAGCUCAGGAAUCUACCCCGUGCCGGGGAGAAGGAAAUCCUGGUGGCCGGCGACCCUGAAAGAAAGGCCAUGGCCAAGGUCGACCAAGACGGCGGCAUUACGUAUCACGUGAAUCAAAUCAAGAACUCCGAAGAAUUUGCCAGGCGCAUGGGCGUCGAACCUAUGAAAUUGAGGCCCAAAAAUAACAUUUAAGCAUACCUAUAUAUGUAUAUGCUUGACUCAUAUGCUUGAAAAGACCAUUCGUCUAUCUUCAUAAAUAUUCUUUAAAUCAUAUUUUUCUGUAUUUUCGUACUAUUUGCCUAUUAUACUGUACUACUGUACAUUUCAUAGAGCGAGUUCGUUUAUUAACACGAAUUGUUAUGCCAGACUAUAAAUAACGUUAUCUUAUUUUAUAUACGCAAUGACUCCGGCGGUUCGUCAAAAGACUUGCCGCUCGGGCCAAGUGUUUAAACCGGCGUGCAUAUGCCUAAGCCAUAUCAGUACGGAUAAUCAAAUUUGUAUAAUUCGAAUGGCACGAAGUUACGCAAUGCCCUGUUUAUAUAUACAUUUUUUUUUUUUUUUUUUGG